UUUGCCAACUCCUUCCUGGCCUGGGGCGGCCGGGUGUUACUCCCCUCCCCCAAGUGACCAGCCUCCCAAUGCGCAGGCCCAAACUCGGCGGCGUUAUCCGCCUCUGCGCAGGCGCUGUGCCCCUCCCACGGCGGUUGGCCUUAUAGAGGCUGGGGGUGGGGGGAGGUCAAGCGUAGCCUCUUCUCCUUUACCAAGAUGGCGGCUUGUCCCUGUUUCGCCACAGUUCCUACCUUAUGAGCCUGGUUUUCUUACGCUAAUAAGAGUGGAACAGUAAAAGCUGGCAGGCUGACAGGCGGCCUCAGGACGGACCUUCUGGCUACCGACCGUUUUGCUGUGGCUUACCGGAUUGUGUGUAGGUGUGAGAUCAGCCAUGAGCUCUGUUGCAGUUUUGACCCAAGAAAGUUUUGCUGAACAUCGAAGUGGGCUGGUUCCACAACAAAUCAAAGUUGCUACUUUAAACUCGGAAGAGGAGAGUGACCCUCCCACCUACAAAGAUGCCUUCCCUCCACUUCCUGAAAAAGCGGCUGGCCUGGAAAGUGCCCAGGAACCUGCAGGAGCCUGGAGCAACAAGAUCCGGCCCAUCAAGGCUUCCGUCAUCACUCAGGUGUUCCAUGUACCCCUGGAGGAGAGAAAAUACAAGGACAUGAACCAAUUUGGAGAAGGAGAACAAGCAAAAAUUUGCCUUGAGAUCAUGCAGAGGACCGGUGCUCACCUGGAGCUGUCUCUGGCCAAAGACCAAGGCCUUUCCAUCAUGGUCUCAGGGAAGCUGGAUGCUGUCAUGAAAGCCCGGAAGGACAUUGUUGCCAGAUUGCAGACACAGGCCUCAGCAACUGUGGCCAUUCCCAAAGAACACCAUCGCUUUGUUAUUGGCAAAAACGGAGAGAAGCUUCAAGACUUGGAGCUAAAAACCGCAACCAAAAUCCAAAUCCCACGCCCAGAUGACCCUAGCAAUCAGAUCAAGAUCACAGGCACCAAAGAAGGCAUCGAGAAAGCUCGGCACGAAGUGCUGCUCAUCUCUGCUGAGCAGGAUAAACGUGCUGUGGAGAGGCUAGACGUGGAGAAGGCGUUCCACCCCUUCAUUGCGGGGCCGUAUAAUAGGCUUGUUGGUGAGAUCAUGCAGGAGACAGGCACACGCAUCAACAUCCCCCCUCCCAGCGUCAACCGGACGGAGAUCGUCUUCACUGGGGAGAAGGAGCAACUGGCUCAGGCUGUGGCUCGCAUCAAGAAAAUUUAUGAGGAAAAGAAAAAGAAGACCACAACCAUUGCAGUGGAGGUGAAGAAAUCCCAGCACAAGUAUGUCAUCGGGCCCAAGGGCAAUUCAUUGCAGGAGAUCCUGGAGAGAACUGGAGUUUCUGUUGAGAUCCCACCCUCAGACAGCAUCUCUGAGACAGUGAUACUUCGUGGUGAGCCUGAGAAGUUGGGGCAGGCACUGACUGAAGUAUAUGCCAAGGCCAAUAGCUUCACCGUCUCCUCCGUCACUGCUCCUUCCUGGCUUCACCGUUUCAUCAUUGGCAAGAAAGGGCAGAACCUGGCCAAAAUCACUCAGCAGAUGCCAAAGGUGCACAUUGAGUUCACAGAGGGAGAGGACAGGAUCGCCCUGGAGGGCCCCACAGAGGACGUGAAUGUGGCCCAGGAGCAGAUUGAGGCCAUGGUCAAAGAUCUGAUUAACCGAAUGGACUACGUGGAGAUCAACAUUGACCACAAGUUCCACAGACACCUCAUCGGGAAGAGCGGAGCCAACAUAAACAGAAUCAAAGACCAGUACAAGGUGUCUGUGCGCAUCCCUCCUGACAGCGAGAAGAGCAACCUGAUCCGCAUCGAGGGGGACCCACAGGGUGUGCAGCAGGCCAAGCGUGAGCUGCUGGAGCUGGCAUCCCGCAUGGAAAAUGAGCGUACCAAGGAUCUACUUAUUGAGCAGAGAUUCCAUCGCACAAUCAUCGGGCAGAAGGGUGAGCGGAUCCGUGAAAUUCGUGACAAAUUCCCAGAGGUUAUCAUCAACUUUCCAGACCCAGCACAGAAAAGUGAUAUCGUCCAACUCAGAGGGCCCAAGAAUGAGGUGGAAAAAUGCACAAAAUACAUGCAGAAGAUGGUGGCAGAUCUGGUGGAGAAUAGCUAUUCAAUUUCAGUUCCGAUCUUCAAACAGUUUCACAAGAACAUCAUUGGGAAAGGAGGCGCAAACAUUAAAAAGAUUCGCGAGGAAAGCAACACCAAGAUUGACCUUCCAGCAGAGAACAGCAACUCAGAGACCAUUGUCAUCACUGGCAAGCGGGCAAACUGCGAAGCUGCCCGGAGCCGGAUCCUUUCUAUCCAGAAAGACCUGGCCAACAUAGCCGAGGUGGAGGUCUCAAUCCCCGCCAAGCUGCACAACUCCCUCAUCGGCACGAAGGGUCGUCUGAUCCGAUCCAUCAUGGAGGAGUGUGGCGGGGUCCACAUCCACUUUCCUGUGGAAGGGUCAGGAAGUGACACCGUCAUCAUCAGGGGCCCGUCCUCUGAUGUAGAGAAGGCCAAGAAGCAGCUCCUACACCUGGCGGAGGAAAAGCAAACCAAGAGUUUCACGGUGGACAUCCGCGCUAAGCCCGAAUACCACAAAUUCCUCAUUGGCAAAGGGGGAGGCAAAAUCCGCAAAGUGCGUGACAACACUGGAGCCCGUAUCAUAUUCCCAGCGGCUGAGGACAAGGACCAGGACCUGAUCACCAUUGUAGGAAAGGAGGAUGCUGUCCGGGAGGCCCAGAAGGAGCUGGAGGCAUUGAUCCAGAACCUGGACAACGUGGUUGAAGACUACAUGCUGGUGGAUCCCAAGCACCACCGCCACUUUGUCAUCCGAAGGGGCCAGGUCUUACGAGAGAUUGCUGAAGAAUACGGAGGGGUGAUGGUCAGCUUCCCGCGCUCCGGCACACAGAGUGACAGAGUCACCCUGAAGGGCGCCAAGGACUGUGUAGAGGCAGCCAAGAGACGCAUUCAGGAGAUCAUCGAGGACCUGGAAGCUCAGGUGACGGUAGAAUGUGCCAUACCCCAGAAAUUCCAUCGAUCUGUCAUGGGCCCCAAAGGUUCCAGAAUCCAGCAGAUUACCCGGGAUUUCAAUGUUCAGAUUAAGUUCCCAGACAGAGAAGAGAACCCAGUUCACAGCAUGGAACCUGUGGUCCAGGAGAAUGGGGACGAAGCCAGCGAGGGCAGAGAGGCCAAGGAGGCCGAGCCCGGCUCUCCAAGGAGGUGUGACAUCAUCACCAUCUCUGGCCGGAGAGAGAAGUGUGAGGCUGCCAAGGAGGCCUUGGAGGCAUUGGUUCCUGUCACUAUUGAGGUGGGAGUGCCCUUUGACCUUCACCGAUACAUCAUUGGGCAGAAGGGGAGUGGGAUCCGCAAGAUGAUGGAUGAGUUUGAGGUGAACAUACACGUGCCCGCACCUGAGCUGCAGUCCGACAUCAUUGCCAUCACGGGCCUUACUGCAAACUUGGACCGGGCCAAGGUGGGGCUGCUAGAGCGAGUAAAGGAACUGCAGGCUGAGCAGGAGGACCGGGCUUUAAGAAGUUUUAAGCUGAGUGUCACUGUGGACCCUAAAUAUCAUCCCAAAAUUAUUGGCAGAAAGGGGGCAGUGAUUACCCAAAUCCGCUUGGAACAUGAUGUGAACAUCCAGUUUCCUGAUAAAGACGAUAGCAGUCAGCCCCAGGACCAAAUCACCAUCACAGGAUAUGAGAAGAACACAGAAGCUGCCCGGGAUGCUAUACUGAGAAUUGUGGGUGAACUUGAACAGAUGGUUUCUGAGGACGUCCCACUGGACCACCGUGUCCAUGCCCGCAUCAUUGGUGCCCGCGGCAAAGCCAUUCGCAAAAUCAUGGAUGAAUUCAAGGUGGACAUCCGCUUCCCACAGAGUGGGGCCCCAGACCCCAACUGCGUCAGUGUGACAGGACUCCCUGAGAACGUGGAGGAGGCCAUAGACCACAUCCUCAACCUGGAGGAGGAAUACCUGGCCGACGUCGUGGACAGUGAAGUGCUUCAGGUUUACGCAAAGCCUCCAGCGCACGAGGAGUCCAAGGCACCAUCCAGAGGUUUUGUGGUGCGAGAUGCUCCUUGGACUGCAAACAGCAGUGAGAAGGCUCCAGACAUGAGCAGCUCUGAGGAAUUUCCCAGCUUUGGGGCUCAGGUGGCCCCUAAGACCCUCCCUUGGGGCCCCAAACGAUAAUGAUCAAAAAGCAGAACCUCUCCAGCCUGCUGACCUGAACCCAACAGCACGGUGGUGUGCCUCAUCCAAUCCAGCGGCUGGACGCUCCGUAAAUUGUUGGCACUCUCCCCUUCCCGAGGUCUCACAGUGAAGCCUGGUAUGGCCGGCUGUGUGCGGCCACUUAUCAGGGCCUGGUCAGUGCCCGCUUGGGAUCUGCUCCCUGUCGUGGGGCCUCCACCGUUUUAACACUAAGCAAAAGUAAUCGAGCAUUUCGUAAUAACACAGACUCCAGCUUCCUGGUCCACCCAGCAUGUCAGCACGCUGACCUUCACCACGAGAGCUCUGCAGUGUGGCUAGGAGUCGACUUCCUGUGUCAUGACCUCAGGAAAUAAAUUUCCUUGACUUUAUAAAAGCCAAAA